ACGAAGGUCGGGAUCGUACUGAAGAUCCUCGAUUGCAACAAAGAUCGGGACCUUAUUGAAAAACCAUGACCGCGAAGAGGAUCCGGAUCGCAAUGAAUAUCGGGAUCGCAAUCAAGGUCGGAAGCGCAACGAAGAUCGGGAUAGCCCAGCAAGCUCAGGAUCGCAAUGAAGAGAGCAGGUCAUCGAUAGAGAUGGAAGUUGCAACGAAGGUCGGGAGCGCGACGUGGAUCGGGAUGUCGACAAAGAUCAGGAUCGCGACGAGCGUUGGAAUCGCAAAGAAGAAGAUCAGCAGGACUGCGAUGGCGAGGAUGAGGACUAAUAAUCGUGUCAAAAGAGCGAUGGUGGAGAGGGGUGAUAGAGGUGGGGGAGUGAAGGUGGUGGUGAGAAGGAUGAGAAGGGGGCCAGGAGGUGAUGAUGAUGAUGACGACGGUGAGGAAGACGAUGAUGUUCAUCAUGGUGGAGGGGGGACGAGGUUAAGUGAACUGUGGAAAGCCGCAGCUGCAGAAGAGGGAACGCAGCUGCAGAUGACAUCAGGGAACCAUCCAGAGGCGAAUGGGCAAGCAGAGCAGUUGAACCGUGCYGUACAACACCUGCUGAGGCAUUACAUCAAGCCAAAUCAGGGAGACUGGGAUGAGAAACUUGCUCUCAUCGCCAGCCUGUACAACAAAGCAGUGCACAGCGCAACGGGAGCUAUUGAACAGAUGCACAAGGCACAGGCGGCGAUGAUAGACUCUGAGAACAAGCACCGCUGCCCAUCUACAUUUCAGGUAGGGGAGAGAGUCUGGGUUAAGUCCGCAGAACUGGGACAGGAGCACGUGAUCUCCCGCAAGCUCAUGCCACAGUACUUUGGACCAUGGGAGGUCCUAGAUGUUGUUGGGGAUGAACCGGAUGGGCCGUCAUAUGUUAUUCGCAUCCCUGGUCAUCGGAGGGAGGCAGGAGUUGGGCUGGAGGGAGGAAUGGAGGGAGUAGAUCAGGUGGAGGAUGCGCAGGAAGCAAGGGAAGGGAGGAGGUCAGGCGAAGGUGUAGAUCACGAGACUGGGAAGGAGGAGAUGGGGGAGACAGAAGUCAGGUGGAGAUUGGGCGGAAGAAGACAUGGGAGGGGGGGGGGGUCGGGCGCAGGGACGUUGAAGGGAGGACGAGGUCAGGAGGAGGCUGAAAUGAAGGGGAAAGGCAGCAGAGAGAACUCGGGCGGAGGCCGGGGCAAAGGGAGGGAGGAGGGAGGGUGGAAGCCGGGUGGAGUAAGGAGGGAGGAAACAGGUCAGCUGGCCUUUUCUACAGCAAUGUAUGGAGAAAAUGGGAGUAGGUCCCAACUUUCGCAAGUGUGGGACUACGAAGAUGGCUGUCAUGUCACAGCUGAGACCCAUAGCAGAGGAGGUACUUUUAGGGCUGCAAAAUUCUUACCCAGUAAGGAUUGGGUGGUGGUUUUUCGUACCGAACGACGGGAGCACAGCAUACUUGUUUUUGAAAUGAGGCAGACUUUGAAUCUCAAGAUGGGGGAAUUCAAGGAAGUUAAAAGUUUGCGAAUGAAGGGUAAAGAGAUGCAUGGGGCAUAUCAAGACAAUACGUACAUCCUCGCUGUGAAUCCCAGCUCCAGGUAUAUACUGACUACUGGGCUAUCUGCCAUUCACAUCUGGGACCUGAACAAUGGUUGGGAAAAGUUCACCUUCAGUCAUCAGUAUGGGAUAAAGGCGGUGUCAUUCCAUCCUUUGGAGUCACAGGUUUUUGCAACCGGAGGAUCAAAGGGUGAAAUCAAGGUAUUCGACUGCGAAAGGAGGUCUGUCCUCGAACAAUACGUAAGCAAACGUCACAUUACUUCAGUACAGUUCUGCAGCGAUGGACGCAAGUCGAUGUCACUCCUCGUCUCCGGGAACGCAUAUGGCAAGGUAGAGAUCUGGGACUACAAGCGGAAAGAACAUCUGGCCACGCUCGCGCACAAGUACUUUGUAAAGGAGGCCUUCUUUCAUCCGCAUUGGCCGUAUGUCUUCAGCGCAUCGUCAGAUGGAACCGUCAAGGUUUGGAGUGCUUCAAACUACAAGUUAGUGACAUCUUAUCGCAGUGGCUUGAGAGAACUUUCAAGCAUGGCUCUUUGUAGGGACUCUAAUAUGCUUGUUCUUGGCGGUAAAGAGACCUUCCUUGCAAUAGAACUUAAGGAGGCAAAGCAAUCUAAUGUGGAUGCGAACAAGAGAGUCAACAUGGAAGUGCCGAAGAGUGAGCAGGAGUGGGAAAAAGGCUUCCAAGAACACAAAUCAGGGCAUCGAAACAAGGACGAAGUGCAUGCGGAAACAGUCCAGCCGCUUCGUACACGUUCUAAUACGCUUGUUCCUGGCGGUAAGGAAAACUACCUUGUCAUAGGGUUGAAGGCGAAGGCCAAUCUGUAUACAAAGAAGAGAGUGAGAAUGGAAGAGCCACAUAGCAGGAAAGAGCAGGACAAAAGCUUUCAAGAAUACAAAUCAAGGCAAGGAAACAAGCAGGCAGUGCAUGCAGAAACAAUCCAGCCACUUGGUACAGCGGACGUAAGCAAUCCGAUUGCAGAGGGGAAGGCACUGGAAGCGAGACUUGCACAACUGGAAUCAGAGCAUGAGACGGGGGACCGAUUGCGUGCAGAAAGAAUCGAGCAACUUAAGCUGGAGGUCAGCAAUUUGAUGGUGGCAAGUGAGGCACUACAAGAGAGGUUUAAGUGUAUUGGAUCAGAACAUGAAACGAACGAGCGAAUGCAUGCAGAGAGAAUCAAAGAGAUCAAGAUCGAGGUGGGCGAUCUAAUUGGGGAAAGUGAGGCACUGAAAGAGAGAUUCGAGCAGUCGGAAUCCGAUCACAGCCAAAUUGAGCAAAUGCAUGAAGAUAGACUUGAGCGAUCAGAAUCAAAUGAGGGACUGAUCGUAAAACGGGAGCUGUUGCAAGAUAGACUUGAGCUACCAGAGGCAAACAUGGCGAUGAGAGUACAAAGGGAUAGACUUGAGCGACCACAGUCAAACAUGGCACUGACAGGACAAAGGGAUAGACUUGAUCGACCGGAGUCACACAUGAUACUGACGGUAAAAAGGGAGUCGGUGGAAAAUGGACUUGAGCGAUCUCUAUCACAUCAUGAAGGAAAUCAGUGCCUACAUAAUGCAGACAGGAUCAAGAAGCUUCAGAUCAAGGAACACCCUAACCCAGUGAUCCAGCACCUCCCGUUGAGCGAUCUGACGGUGAAAAAGGAGUAUCUGGAAGAGAGACUUGACCGUCCAGAACCACCGCGUGAAGAAAACCUGUGCGUACAUGUGGAAACCAUCAAGCAGCUUGAGACCAAGGUAAGUGACCUCGUGACCGGAAGAAAAACACUGAAACGGAAACUUGAGCAAUCCAGGUUAGAGCAUGAAGAAAACAAGAGGAUGCAUGUCAAGAGGAUCAAGCAGCUCGGCUCCGAGGUAAGCAAUCUGAUGGCGGACGGGAAAGCACUGAAAGAGAAAUUUGAGCAGUCUAGAUCAGCAUAUGAGAAAGACAGGCGCACGCAUGCAGAGAACAUCAUCGGUCUCGAGAUGAAGGUAGCCAAACUGACGGCGGAGAGGGAGGAACUGAAAGCGAGACUUGAGAAAUUGAACUUUAGGGCUCAUCAAUUGGAGAGAGAGCUAGGUGUGCAGGAUAAGUUGGACAGAUUUCAAGAACUGCAGACCACGGAUCAAGAGCCGCAUGCCGAUCAAUUCUGGGAUUUUUCCUUUGAGGAACUGCAAGCUGCAACCGACAACUUCCACGAUAACUGUAAGCUUGAAGAUCGGCAUUAUGGGCGCGUAUAUGCGGGAAUGGUCACACCGAUUAUGAUAAAGAAACUCCACCUUGAUCAGAAGGUCUGGAAUCGACGGCAUACCGGAUUGACGAGGGAGAUAGUGGACCGACUGAGGUCACUUCGACACCCCCAUUUGCAGACCCUCCUGGGAGUGUGCUACAGAGAAAAUUGUUUGGUGUUUGAGCACAUGGCCAACGGGAGUGUCAAAGAAUGGAUCUCCUGUGAGGGGGGGGCUAGAAGAGAAUUCCUGCCAUGGCGGAUACGCCUCCGAGUUAUGGCAGAGGUUGCCAAAGCCCUGUUCUUCCUUCAUUCCAAUCAGUCAGCAGCUGGUGGUCCCAUCAUCCACCAUGCCAUCAGGCCAGAAAAUAUCCUUUUGGAUAGCAACUUUGUGGCGAAAAUUAGUGAAGUUGAUGUGGCCUUGCUUGUCCCAGACCAAGCGCCCGAGGCGUGUGUGUUCCCGGGAACUAGUCUCCAAUACCUGGCACCCGAGUUCUGUCAGACUGGGGUGUUCGAUCAGAAGGCUGACAUUUAUUCCUUCGGCAUUACCAUCCUGGAGAUGCUCACUGGAAAGUUCAAGAAUGCGUUCGGAACCAUAGCAGAAGCAGUUGAAGACGCUGCAACUUUUAGGAGUGCUCUGGACCCAAAUGCGGGAAACUGGGACGUGGAUCUCGCACAGCAGGCUGCGCGGCUGGGCCUGCGCUGUGCCAGUCUGGAAUGCCACAAUCGGCCCAGCAUGAAGGGAGGCAAAGAUGCGAUUCUACCCCGACUUUACGACAUUGUUUAUCGGCACACACACGUCGCACAGUCAACAAUGCCGAAUAGACGACAGUCUAUUGUGAGCAAGUCACUGUUUGUGAAGCCGGAAAAUGAGAACAGCAACACUAGAUUUCUCAGUGCGAAGUAUGUUCACAGUAGAAGUGACGACAUAGCAUAUCGCGACAACGAUCGGGAACGGCGGGACUACCGCCUGGAUGGACGGCGCGAAGACAGGAGGGAUGGGCAUUGUAGCGGCGGACGAGACUACUACCAAGAUGAACGACGCGAUAUGUCACGGGAGCGUGGUGAGACUUCGGGCGAAUAUCGGCGACGGGCGCCGCCCACAUGCUUUGAGUGUGGACAGGUGGGGCACUAUCGUAAUCAGUGCUGGAAACUAUCUGGCGAAGGGAGCUCACGAUUUGGCGAAAGCGGGGGAGGGCAUCGGGCCGGAUCGUGUGAAACCUCCCCAGAACGAUUGCAACUGAAGAAACAGAUCGAGGAACUGGGAGCGUUGCUUGCAGCCAUGCAUGGGCAUAUCGAACAGGAGAAGCAGAAGAAGAUCGAGAAGGAGAAACGCAAGCAGGAGAAGUUAGAAAAACAGCACCGCGCCGUUGCAGGGCGGGAAGAGCAAGAGAGGAAGUUGGCGCGAAAGAAUGCAAAGCUGAGAGAGGCUGAGGAACUGAAGAUGCAGAUGAGGAAGGAAAUGAGGAUGGAAGCAGCACUUGUUGCAUUGGCGGCAUCGACGAUCGAUCGAAAAGGGAAGAAGAAAGCAGCCUCGCCACCUCCAUUGAACUCGCCAUCCGCAAGCAGUGACGACACGAGCGACGCGAAGCCAACUAACCGACGCACUCGGAAGUUGACGAAAACGAAGAAGCAAAAACGAAGUGAGGAGAAAGCGGUGGGGAGUAGUCCACCAAUGACGCAACCAGCAAAGAGAACACCAAGGACGACUAGAGUGAGGCCUGUGCGACUUGUGGCGAAGUUACGGCGUACAACACAUAAGACGAAGGGGACGAAGACUCCGCCACGUUUUACCCCACGACGAGGAACUCCACGUAUGAAGGUUGCAGCUGCGAUGGGAUCGGCGGAAAGGGCACAAUUCAUCUGCGAAAACAUCUGUGCUUUAGCGGAUCUGGGAGCAGAUGAACUCAAGGACAUAUGUAGGAAGGAGGAUGUGGAAUACGAGAAGAAAACCAUUGCAGCCAUGAACAUUGCCAAAAAGCGAGCACUCGUAGCAUACGGGAGUGAAGAGGAGGAAACCCGGAGCAGUGAUAACGAGAACGAGGGGAUUGAGCAGGAAGAUGUCGAGGAGCCCGAAGACGAAGGGGCGGAAGUAUGAACCCUUGAAGACACUUACCAUUUGUGGAGCUUAUGUAACUGGGUGAUUGGCUACCGUCGCGAGCGGAAAUUUGAGGC